AUGCUCACUCUUUCUAUCCUUGCUAUUAUGACCAAGAGUGUGGCCGCCAUGGCUGCUAAUCGCCACUAUACAGCUGUUGCGCGCGAUGCUGCUCCCGCUGGGCAGUUUUGUGGUCAAGUCUUAGAAACAACAGAAGAUUUGACGGAAAUUGAGGCUAUGUGGAAGGUGCCUCAUGCAACAGUCCCAGCUGACGAGCAUGAUCGCUCCAGAAGCGAGCAAUGGGUUGGUAUUGGUGGCUUUGAACCUGACUGUGCAUACCGUGCAUAUGCCGGCACCAUGGCGAAUGCGAUGGGCAAUGAAACAUCAUAUGAAUUCCUAUGUGGAACUGAACGCUAUACACUUGGCAUUACCGGGGAAGUGAAACCUGGGGACGAUGUCCACGUCAAAGUGGUUAUCGAGAAGCCAAACGUCAUGACCUGCUACUUUGAAAACUUGACCACUGGACAAAAGGAUCAUGAGACUGUGCGUACGCCAGACUUCUUUUGCCGCAAUUCUGCUCAAUGGCUGCAGCAGAGCGAGCUUUUGAACACAGACAAUGAAGUGUACUAUCCCUUUUCAACAUUUCAAUUCCACUCGGCCAAGGCAAAGGACAAGAAGGGUAAAACCUACGAUCUUACAGGAUCCAAGAGUCUUACUUGGCAGCCAAAGGACGGAAAACAACUGUGCCACCCGUCUGACCUCGCAGCUGACUCUGUUACUAUCAAUUACGAUGGGCCCAACUAA